AGGCAGCGAGAAAAUCUGACCGUUGCAAUCGCGGCUUUUCUCCUCCUCCUCCGCCGCUAAAACCCUCGGCUCACCGCCGCCGACGACUUCGCCGCCGGCGAGCGAGAAGGCUUCGACCCACCAACCAAGACAAGUUGUAUUAGCUAGCUAGCAAGCCAUGGUGAGCACCCGGGGGGCCGCGGCGAAUGCGCCUGGUCGGAGGGGGCGGCCGCCGAAGGCUGCGGAGGAGGCGGCGAGGAGCCCCGUGUUGUCGUCGCCGGUGGUGGCGGCGGAUGCGGCGGAGGGGUACGAGAGGGAGAGGGCGGAGAGGAUCCGGGAGAACAUGGAGCGGAUGCAGAAGCUGGGGAUACUCGACCUCGCCACCCGCUUCAACCAGUCCGCGGGCGGCCUCGCCGGGAGCGGGAGCGGGAGAGGCCGCGGGCGGAGGAAGGCGGCCGUGACGCCGGGGUCCGUCGGCGUGGGGAGGAUGAUCAAGCCCGCCUCGCCAUCGCCUGCUCGUCGGUCUCUCAGGCUGAAGAACGUAGAGCCUGUUAGCUACUGUGAAAUUCGGACUAAAAAGGACAAGGACGACAAUGAAGGUGGAAACUCUGUUCUAAUCGAGGCUGGAUCAAAGGAAGAAGUUUACACGGAAGAGGAUGAGAAACUUUUAGGCCCUUGUGUGGAACCCUGGACUCUCUUUGUGGAUGGUUAUGGGAAAGAUGGUAAGCGCAUCUAUGAUCAAGUGAGGGGCCAAACCUGUCAUCAGUGCCGGCAGAAAACUCUUGGCCAUCAUACCAGCUGCUGUAAAUGCCAGAUUGUCCAGGGGCAGUUCUGUGGGGAUUGUUUGUACAUGAGGUAUGGUGAGAAUGUGCUCGAAGCUAAGAAGAAUCCUGAUUGGAUAUGUCCAGUUUGUCGUGGCAUUUGCAAUUGCAGUAUCUGCAGAACUAAGAAAGGAUGGUUUCCAACUGGUGCUGCGUAUAGGAAGGUUGUCAGCCUUGGGUACAAGUCUGUGGCUCACUAUCUCAUCGCAACACAGCGUGCAUCCCCAGCAGGCUCAGCUGAUUCAAACAAGGUGGCAGCUACCAAGUCAGAAGCCUCAUCCGAAUCUGACCAGGCUCCAGUUGCUAAGGAGGAUCAAGAGGAUGCAGAAAUGAGCGGCAAAGCUAUCCAGAAGGUAGAAGCUGACCACCAAGUGAAUAAUCCCCCUGAUGACAGCGACAAUGAUGAUAGCAGGAGCGAAUCUGUCGUGACUUCUGACUCUCAGGAUUGUCAAGUAAAUCUGGACAUUGGGUGUGCCACUCCAUCUAAGCCGACGGGUCCAAAGAAGAGGAAGUGGAUCGAACGAAGCCCUGACUGUGUUGCGAGCAGACUGAGGUCCCGUUCCAACAAAUCAUGAACAGCCUGAUCUUAUGGGCAUGACCGUGCUGGUGCCCAGUGUUCUCGGUGGUCAUUACCUUUUGCGACGGACAGGUUUACUGGCAUGUGUGUUUAAAGUUCCAUGUCCGUGAAGUUUCUAGUGCAUUUUGUGUUUAUAGCUGAAUUGCAGCAUUUGAUUGUAGUGCUAGUGCCAACUCUUUUGCUUCAAACAAUGAUGCCUAUGUGCCUAUGUCUAGUGUGGACUCCCUAUUAUUAUGCUUUCUGAUGUAAGAUUAGUGCUCCAAUGAACUGCAAUAUUAAUAGGCUA